AUAUCAUGGCAUUGAAAAAGAACUCAGUCGUAACCGCAACAGAAACGAACAAUAAAGGAGCAAAUGGCAUUAAAAAAGUAGCGGCAAAGCGCGGAGCUAAGGUGGAGGAAGCAAAACUGGUCCCCCAGAUUCCAAACAAGAAAUCAAAAAAGCCUGUUAAGGAGGUUCCUCAUUCCAGCGAGGAGGAGUCAGACACCGAUGAAGAAAGUGUGCCCCAAAAUGAAAAUGAGAGCGACUCGGAGCCUGAAGGUGUCUCUGACUUAAUCGACGAGGAAGCAGAGGAAGAUGAUGAAGUCGACAGUGAGGACGAUGAAGAUGAGGAUGAGGAUGAAGAGGACGGUGACGAUGAGAUUGAACCUGGCCAAGUGAAAAGCACGGUUGUGGCAGGGGAAGACGAUUCCGACGAAGACAAUGAUGAGCCACCCACCGAGGAGCUCAUUGCCAAGAAAGACAGCAAAAGCGAUAAGAAAGCGGGAAAAAAAGAAGGCAUUCCUAGAAUACCGGCAGGACCGCCACCAUUAACUACACCAAAAAAUCAGAUUAUUUUCGUAAAUAACUUCGGAAAUGAUUUUAGGCACGUGGACGUGGUUGCCUUAUUCACCAAAUUCGGUCCGAUUACAACCGUGCACCGCAUCAAGAACAAGGCUGGUGGAAACGCGGCUUUCAUUGCUUUUGAGACCGCUGCAGGCGCUGCUGCUGCCCUGGCAGCUAAACCCAAGGCUUUGACUUUGGGUGGUAAGGUUCUGAACGUUACGUUAUCGCGAGACAAUUCAGAUUUAAACAGUCGUACAGUAAUAGUUGGCUUGUUUGGUAGUAAGGUUAGCACAGAAGAUUUAAAAACCUUUUUUGAAAAAGUUGGGGAAGUGGAGUUCGCGAAUAUAACAGCAAACCGCUACAAUCCGAAAGCAUAUAUACGUUUUAAGUCUAUUGACGAUGUUCCCAAGGCUCUCAAGCUGCACAGCACUGAGUUUUUCUCCCGAUUUAUCACUGUGCGGCCGUAUGCAUUCUGGGAAAAGGCUGUGAAGACUUCAGAACUCACUUUGGUCCUCGAGAAUGUAGGCAAACAUGAGUCGUAUAGCACCGAUGCAAUUGAAAAGAUCUGCAAGAAGUUUGGUGAUCUCGAUUACGUCGAAGUUGUGUGCAGCAAUACUGUCCUAGCGUUUGUCACCUACAAGCAGCCAGAAUCUACAAUAAAGGCUUUAAACCAACUAAACGGAACGACUGUUGAUAAUCUGGUAUUAAAAGUGUCGCGAUUCGACCGUUCUAAUAAGACCAUUUUGAUCACAAAUUUAGCCAAAGAUGCCACUGAAAGUGAUCUUCGAGAAGUGUUUGAAAAGAGCGGCGAGAUCGAAAAUGUGACGAUGUUUAAAACCAGGGCCUUGGUCAAAUUCGCAACCGAAGAUGGUUAUUGUAAAUCUUUUCUACUCAACGAGCACAUUAUCAAAAAACAUCAUAUUUUUAUCGAACCGAACUCGCAGCUUAAGCACACAACCUUGAAAAAGUAUGGCUCUAAAUUAGUCGGUGGCCCACCGAAGUUUCACAACACAAACAAGUUUGGACAGAAGACUUUCAAUAAGCGCCCACAUCCAAACAAGUACGCUAAGCCGUUCGCAAAGAAGGCCAAGAAGUUUUAGGGUGUUUUACUAACUACAUUAUUUUUAAAAUCGUCGUAUCAUAAUGGAUAAAAGUGUUACCACUUUCAAUCUAGUAUUUAAGUUUCCAUUAACGAAGUGCUUAUAAAAAAUUCAUUAAGAAUUUGUUAAAAUUAAUGAUAAAUUUAUCAUUUUUAUUUAAAUAAAAGCGCGACCCUUAAUAAAAAUUGAAUUAAAAUUGGAACUUUGUUUAGGGGAGUUGUGGUAUGCAAAUAUAUAAUAUUUGCAUAACAUUUUAAGGAAGAUCAGUAUCUACAUUAAGGACAGAGCCAGCAUAUUGGGGAAAUGAAAUUAUUUGUGACAAAAAAAAUUAAUAUUUUAUGAAUCGUAAAUAAAAUAAUACUACUUUACAAAGUAUCAAUCAUAUAGAAAGCAAUGGGCUGAGCCCCACAAUUUCUACAUUGAAAAACCGUGUUUGUAAAAAUAUAAGACAAUGGAAAUUAAAAAAGGUGAUUGAUGGAUUAAGCAAUUAAUGCUCCUGCAUUUCCUAAAAAGACAACACAUAAAAUUAACAACAAACUUUGGAUGAUUUGGUUUAUAUAUUUAACAUUUAUUGAUAAUAUUUUUUUAGUAAAUGCUUUGAUGUCUUUUUUUUUGCGUUUUCUUGUCAUUAUCUAUAUAUCUGCUUACGAGACAUAUACCAAGAUAUACGAAUAUUUUAUUUACUGUAUGUAUGACGUAUCUGUAUAUAUUUUUCAAGCCAUUCUGCUUUCAUUUUAUGUUGUUUAUUAAAAUGAAAAAACAGAAUUGUAUGUAAAAUUAAUAGUAAACGCUUAUAAAAGUGAAAUAUCAAAUGACAUAAAAAAGCCAUUGAUUGGUAUAUAUUUAACUUGCGGAAGAUAAGUCCAAGAUACAUACUCUCUCCCACACUCCAUACUGAGAAUAGAUUAUGAAUCCAUCAGUCUGCUUCUUUUAACGAGACGACAAUAAUUAUGGUGUCCACUAAUCCGUAAUAUUGGCCUAAAGCCAGGGUAAUGUUGUCCGAAGCUAAACAUUUUUUUUAAUCUUUUCUCAUUGUUUUAGACACUUAUAUAAUCAAUAUAUCUUUCGUAGUAUGCUAUUUUAUAAAUUACCAAUAAUUAUUAUAAUAAGGCAAAAGAAAAUGUAGGGCACUAGAGCGGGAUGAAGGCAAAACUUUAACUAACGUUUUAAAUGGGACAACUAUAAUGCGCGGAGUAAUUCUGAUCGUAAAUACAUGUAGAUAAACUUUAACUUUGGAAAACUUAAUCACUUAAAUUAUCCACGCAUUUUUAAGCAGUCCUUAUUGAGUUUUCAGGACAAUAAAUUCGAUUUUUUGAAGAUUUUGUGUGACUCUCCACAAAAACAAAGCGUCUAUAUUAGAAUGUCCGAAUAAAACAUAAUAAAAAAUAAAACAAAAACAAUAAAUUGCAAAUAUGUUUUAGUUUUUUUCGUAUUUUUAAUUUUAAUACAUAAUAUCUUUUUUAGUAUAAAUAAUUAUAAAGAAAUAGUAAAAAAUUAAGGUUUUUGAGUUGCUUUAACAGUUUUUUGACCGUACUUGAUUUUAAUUUCAUACCUGUGAAAUUAUUAACAAAUUAUCAAUAGAAGCAGAUUCUUUGUGGUUUAAGAAACUUUAAAUAAACAUGCUUUUUAAAAUGGUAAUGGUAAACGGAUUUUUCGAUUUAUAAUUAUGCACUGGGAUUCGAUUAUAAGAGUACAUUUCUCUUCAAUUUUGAAAGCGAUUGAAAAAAAUAUAAAUUAUAUAUUUCCAAAGUGAAUUGCCCCGAAAAAAGGAUAUACAAAUUAAUACAGUUUUUCUUGUCUAAUAGCAGUCUACUGUUUCUUCAGCUGCGCACAUUUGUUGCUCUUAUAUUGAAUUAGUUUUAGUUUUUUUUUUUGAUUUUUUGUUUGGUUUUAGUUACGUUUUUAAACGUUGGCUAAUACUACA